GAACCAACGUUCAGAAACAAAGUCUACACGGAGCCACUUUAGUUCCGCGCUGCUUGCUGCUAGCUAGCCUCCUGCCUCCUGUAGCUCUCUAGCUAGCAGUCUGUUUAGGUGUCCUGUAGCCGUGUGUGUUUUGUGGUCGAUGAGGUGUGGAGGAAAGAGGAGAUGUGGUCCUUUUUCGCCAGGGAUCCCGUCAAAGACUUUGCGUAUGAAAUUCUUCCAGACGCCCAAGAGCAGUCUGGAAUAUGGACUCUACAUCGGGGGAAGCGAAAGACCAAUGGAGAGCCAGUGUCGGUGUUUCUCUACGAGUUCGCACAGGGAACAGAGCAGCAAACCCAGCUCGCCAAGGCUGCCUUCAAGCGGAUGAAGACCCUGCGUCACCCUAACAUCCUGGCUUAUGUGGAUGGCUUGGAGACCGAGAAGAGCCUGUACCUGGUUACUGAGCAGGUGACACCGUUGGCCGUCCACCUGAAGGCCCAGGCAGACCGGGGAGGAUGUAGUGAGCUGGAGGUCUCCUGGGGGUUGCACCAGAUAGUGAAAGCUCUCAGUUUCCUGGUCAAUGAUUGCCACCUGCUUCACAACAACUUGGGUGUAUCUGCAGUUUUUGUGGAUCGGGCUGGGGAGUGGAAGCUUGGGGCCCUCGAUCAUGUGACCCCUGAGCAGGGGGACCCGAGCGGGGUCUCGCUCCCUACCCCAAAGGCAGUUUACCCAGACAUGGAGAAAUAUGACCCUCCAGAGAUGUCCAAUAGCACUGGAGAGAAAUGGGCAGGGGAGGUGUGGCGCCUCGGCUGCCUGAUCUGGGAGGUGUUCAACGGGCCACUGCCUCGCACGUCCUCCCUCCGGUCACUGGGAAAGAUCCCCAAGGCCCUGGUCCCUCAUUACUGUGAGCUGGUGGGUGCCAACCCCAGAGCUCGCCCCAACCCAGCCCGCUUUCUCCAGAACUGUAGAGCUUCUGGGGGAUUUCUCAGCAACAGCUUUGUGGAGAGCAACCUUUUCCUGGAGGAGAUACAGAUCAAGGAGGCGGCUGAGAAGCAGCAGUUCUUCCAGGACCUGAGUGACAAUCUGGACUCCUUCCCUGAAGAUUUUUGCAAACAUAAGGUCCUUCCUCAGCUGCUCACCGCCUUUGAGUUUGGCAACGCAGGCGCUGUCGUCCUCACACCGCUCUUCAAGGUGGGGAAGUUCCUGUCAGCUGAAGAGUAUCAACAGAAGAUCAUCCCUGUUAUUGUGAAGAUGUUCUCCUCCACGGACCGAGCCAUGAGGAUACGGCUGCUGCAGCAGAUGGAGCAGUUCAUUCAGUAUCUGAAUGAGGCAGCAGUGAACUCUCAGAUUUUCCCUCACGUUGUUCACGGCUUCACAGACACCAACCCAGCCAUCAGAGAACAGACCGUCAAGUCUAUGUUGCUGAUGGCUCCCAAGCUGAACGAGACCAACCUGAACCAGGAGCUUAUGCGCCACUUUGCACGACUGCAGGCCCGAGACGAGCAAGGCCCAAUCCGCUGCAACACCACCGUCUGCCUGGGCAAGAUCGCCUCCUACCUCAAUGCAGGGACUCGACAGCGUGUUCUGAUUUCUGCCUUUUCCAGAGCAACUAAAGAUCCCUUCCCAGCUUCACGCUCCGCUGGUGUACUGGGCUUCGCCGCCACACACAACUUCUACAGCGUAACAGAGAUUGCCGCCCGCAUCCUCCCUACGCUUUGUGCCAUUACUGUUGACCCCGAUAAGAGCGUCAGGGACCAGGCAUUCAAAGCCAUCAAGAGUUUCCUUUCAAAGCUGGAGAUUGUGUCCGAAGACCCGACCAAGCUGGCAGACAUAGAGAAGGAUGUAGCGUCCUGUGCUCAGCCAGCUGGUGCGUCCUCCGGCUGGGCCGGCUGGGCUGUGACUGGAAUGUCCUCGAUAACGUCCAAGCUGAUCCGCAACGCUCCAGGGACAGAGGGCAGCGCAGCGGCUGAGGACAGCGAGCUCGCCAAUGCCCCCAGCUCCACGAGUGCCGCAGAUGGAGUAGCUACACCUGAUUCUGAAAAGAAAACUCCACAAGCCCCCGUGACUCUCCAUGCUGCCUCGAGACAUGCCAACCAACCACGGACUCACGAGUCAACAGGAAACGUUGACGAGCCAAUAGGAGACCGCUGGGAUGACGAGGAGGACUGGGGGAGUUUGGAGGCGCCAGAGAAAACUCCCACUGAGCCAGAUGACUGGAACACUGACUGGACAGGGAGGACAUCAGCCAAAAAGAAAGCCAGUGAGAAAGGAGCGGGCCGGUCGUCGUCCUCCUCGGCGGGGAAGAAGCAGACCGCCGACUGGAGCAGCUCUGGCUGGGACGCAGACGACAGCUGGUCCAACGAGAAGGAAGGCCAGGGCCAGAGCUCUGCGGGCGAGGAAGGCUGGGGCCAUGACUGGGGGGAGGAUGACACGGACACAACGUUGACCAAUGCGACGCUCCCCCUCCCGGAAGGAGUGCGGUUGGCCAGCGAGUACAACUGGGACAGCGGCGGCAGCGCGGCCGCCAAGGGGGGCGGUCAGAGCGAUCUGUUCGGCAGCGUCUCCCAGAGGAACACCGGCGGCACCGAGACUGGGGACGGCUGGCCUGCAGAGGCAACAGGAGACUGGGGCGCUGAAGAGAGCUGGGAGUCAGUGGAUGGGAACCAGGGUCUCAGCAAGGCAGAGCUUUCCAAGAAGAAACGGGAGGAGCGGAGGAAAGAGCUGGAGGCCAAACGGGCCGAGCGCAAAGCGGUCAAAGGUCCUCUCAAGCUGGGCGCACGCAAGCUGGACUGAAAAGGUUUGGAGGGAGAGGAACAUCCCAGAGGGGCAGGACCCUGAGCAGUAGAUGGAGGCUUUGAUAUUCCGGAAACAAAAGGCCCAGAGAGAACAGUCAUAAGAAAACAUUCUUGUUGUUUGGUACAGUGGAUGACUGUCAGCUCUGGGAUUCCCGGUUUUUCUUCAUUCAGGAACUGACCGAUGGGUGAAGAGGCAACAAUCCAGUCCCUUAUGAAUGCAUUGUUGUGGAUGGCAGCGCUGAAACCAACAAACAAACAGACAGUAAAGGGGAAAAGCGGCACAAAGCCUCAAUCCCUGCAGCGCGAGGUCAUCCCAACGUCUUUAUUUUUAUUUUUUAGAAUACAUACCUUAGUUGCAGUUGUAAAGUAAAUGUAUAUAAAUGCUCCAUAUUGUCUUAAAAUGACAUGAAUAAAUUCCCCUUUUUUAUUAUUGAGAAAUAUAUAUAUACUACAAUAUUUAAGAAUCAAACAUGUAUUAUUCUGUUUUUCGGGCCGCGCACACACACACACGUGCCCCGGUAAACACACAGUGGAUAUGAAUGUUUUAGUUCUGCCGUCACAACAGAAAAGACUUCAAAUCAAUCCAUGCAUGUACUUGUAUUUUUAUGGCCUAACAAAAGGUUUCGGGGCACAGAAUUACAAAUAUGUUGUGUUUACUUUGCACCGUCAACACUGCGUUUUACUGUACUCAACUGGGCUGACAAGGGACACAUUUGACUGAUUUUAGAUCUGGUAACGUGCCACAUGUACUGCAGCAUCAUGAUGGAAUUAACUAGUUAACAUGAUGCUGGUUAACUGGUUUCAAGGGAAAAUCAAUUAAUGGCUUUGCCUUUUUCCUGUGUCUCCACCAGGAGGUACACGUUUAAUCAUGCAGAUCUCACUAAAAACGCUUCAAUCAUCUGAGCAAAUAAGGUAAACCCAUCAUCGGUCAUAUUCCAGAUGAAUUGGUGUGGUUGGGUUGAAAGAGUCCCUCUGAAAAGUUGCUUUUACUUUUGUAUUUGUGCCUUUUAUUUAAUAGAACAUAUCAACUCUGUGGGAUCACCUCCAACAACUAAAGUUUAGAAAGACAAUUCUACCCCAAAAUUUCAUCCCACAACCUCUAGUGUAAUACCACUGUCUGAGUUGGGUACGGUAUUGUUAGGUUUGGUGUUGCUCACUGUGCAAAGAGCUCUAUUGACUCGAUCUAUGGCCAUUGCUGCUGGAGCUGAUGUCUUGGUGUUCGGGUCAGGAACUAAUUUGUGUUUGGUUCUAAAAAUCCAUAUCAUGUAGCAUGUCAGCUGUUUUAAAAAUAAAGUUAUAAGUUAUAUAAUGUA